GCCGCGAUCCCGUGAGGAUGGUGACGUGACUUUGGGGACGGAAGUUGGAUGACGCAGGCGGCUGCACCUCUCUGUGUGGAGCGCACGUUAUGAACCCUUUCUGGAGCAUGUCUGCAAGCUCUGGACGCAAACGAUCAGACGGUGAAGAGAAGACAGUGACGGGGAAAGGGAAGACCAGCCCUCCACGCACGGCUCCAAAGAAACAGCUGCCUUCUAUUCCCAAGAAUGCUUUGCCCAUCACGAAGCCCACGUCUCCUGCCCCCGCAGCACAGUCAACCAAUGGCACGCAUGCUUCCUACGGCCCCUUCUACCUGGAGUACUCCCUCCUUGCAGAAUUCACCUUGCUGGUGAAGCAGAAGCUGCCGGGAGUCUACGUGCAGCCGUCUUACCGCUCAGCGCUAGUGUGGUUUGGAGUGAUCUUCAUUCGGCAUGGACUGUACCAAGACGGAGUAUUUAAGUUCACAGUGUACAUCCCUGAUAACUACCCGGACGGCGACUGUCCACGCUUGGUGUUUGACAUCCCCGUCUUCCACCCGCUAGUGGACCCCUCCUCAGGCGAACUGGAUGUGAAGAGAGCAUUUGCCAAGUGGAGGCGGAACCACAACCACAUCUGGCAGGUGCUGAUGUACGCGAGGAGAGUGUUCUACAAGAUCGACACGGCGAGCCCCCUGCACCCCGAGGCUGCGGUCCUGUAUGAGAAAGACGUGCAUCUGUUCAAAAGUAAAGUGGUUGACAGUGUGAAGCUGUGCACGGCCCGCCUGUUUGACCAGCCUAAAAUAGAAGACCCCUAUGCCAUUAGCUUUUCUCCAUGGAACCCUGCUAUACACGACGAAGCCAGAGAGAAGAUGCUGACUCAGAAGAAGAAGCCUGAAGAACAGCACAAUAAAAGUGUUCACGUGGCCGGCCUGUCCUGGGUAAAGCCUGGCUCCGUACAGCCCUUCAGUAAAGAAGAGAAAACGGGAGCCACCUAGGAGCGGACUGUGGUGACUGGUGCACCAGGCACUUUCCGGCGGACACAGGCCGAGGCCAGGCUGACGGCGGCCAGGACUGCUGCGAGUAAACUGUGCGAACGGGGACUGGCGUCCAUGGUGUCCGUAUGCGCUAGGUUCUAACAGCAAGUUCUGGAAACCUCUCUCUAA